AUGACAUUAACUAGAAACCUGCCUUCCAGGGAAGCUGGAACAGAGAAGUCAGCAAGGGUGAGAGAGGAGAGGGAGGGUGUUGCUGAAAACACAGACUCAAAUUAUGAUAGCAACAAGAAGAAUUUCUCUGUCAAGGAAAUAGAUGAUGAGGAAAGUGUGAUUUUGACAUUAGUUCCAGUUAAAGCUGAGUCAAAUCUAGAACAACAAGUGGAACCAACUGUUUCUUCAACUUCUGAUGUCAAACCAAACAAGCCCAGGAAACACAAUAAUGAAGUUCAUCUACCUCCAACAAAUGAACAAUUGAAAGCUCCCCCAAAAGCUAGAUGUAAGAUGCCAGUUCUUCCCUUGCCAACCAUUUUGCCUCCCAUUAAUGAUGUGUGUUGAGACCCUUUGCGGAACAGGUGCCAACAACUCAAUUUGAGUACUGCCGGCAAGAAAAUAGAAGUUUUUCUGAGGCUUCAGCAGCACGCUUAUCCUGAACAGAAACAUGAUAUUCCUGAAACCUUUAAGGAGGCCAGAUCUCGAUCCUAUUCAAGGAGACACAGGGCAGGGACCAAGAGAGCAAGGCUGCAGGAAAGUCGCAAGAUGAAUGAGAAAGCAGGAGAGACUAAUAUAGUUGAAGUGGUAACUUCAGCUCAGGAAUCUGCGCUGGCAUCGUGGGCAAGGAUUGCUGCUGGAGCUGCUCAGCCUGAGGCUGUGAAUUCACGUUCCAUUCCUGCUCCUGUUGAGGCCUUUCUGAUGGAAGCCUCUGGCGUCAGGUGGCGUGUGGUCCAUGGCGCAGCUCUGGCAGCAGACACAAAGGGCUGGGUUCGCCUGCAGUUUCAUGCCGGUCGGGCCUGGGUGCCUGGCACUCCCAGGAAGAUGAUUUCUCUCUUCCUGUUCCCAGCCUGCACUUUCCCAUCCCCAGGCCUAGAAGAUAAUAUGUUAUGCCCUGACUGUGCUAAGAGGAAUAAGAAGAUAAUGAAAAGAUUAAUGACAAUGGGGAAGAAGAAGUAA